CUCCUCUCUAUUCUACGAUCGAGUAAAAACGGCUGUACGUCGAAGCGACGUUUCCUGUCGCUGAGCUCUCUUCGAUCAGGCACCAUUGUCCCAUUUAAGUUAUCGGACAUCGGAGAAGGCAUUCGAGAUGUCACUGUGAAGGAAUGGUUUGUAAAACCAGGUGAUAGAGUGUCUCAAUUCGAUAACAUCUGUGAAGUCCAAAGUGAUAAAGCCUCGGUAUCGAUAACUAGUCGUUAUGAUGGUUUUAUAAGAAAACUUCAUUAUAAGAUAGAUGAGAUCGCUCUUAUUGGAGAACCUUUGGUAGACAUCGAGCUCGACGAGGAAAACAUCGUCGAAAAGGAGCAAGAAACGAAAACAAUGGAGACGGGAGAAGGAAAUAACUGCGGGGAAUUAGAAAAAAGGGAUGAUAAAGCGAAUUCAGAACGUUUGACGGAUAUCCAUUCCGAAAAGAUUCAGAUCAUUGCAACGCCAACUGUCAGAAGACUGGCUACGGAGAACAAUAUUAAUCUUGCUGAGGUCACCGGCACUGGUAAAGAUGGACGUGUCCUCAAAGAAGACGUACUAGAACAUCUUGAAAAAUUCGAUUUAAAAAAGAUGGAUGUUUCUCGGCAGCCUGGAAAAAUGAUUCCAAUAAAAUAUUCCAAGCAUAUGUGGACAACCAUGACACAAUCCUUGAAUAUACCACACUUCGUCUAUAGCGACGAAUGUGACAUUACCAAAUUGGUACGUUAUCGAAAUGAAGUGAAAAAUUCAUUCAAGGAACAGGGUAUUUUUCUAUCUCUAAUGCCUUUCCUGAUAAAAGCUGCCUCGAAUGCUUUGCAAGUAAUUCCCGAAUUAAACGGUUGGGUCGACGAAGAGAAGCAAUGCAUACGAAUUUCUGAAAGACAUAACAUCGGUAUAGCUAUGGAUACUCCGGAAGGUCUAAUUGUUCCAAAUAUAAAGGACGUUCAGAAUCUCAGUAUUUUGUGUAUCGCUAAAAAAUUGAACAGGCUUCAAGAACUCGGUAAGAAAACAUCGAUUUCUUUGGCUGAUCUGACCGACACAACUUUUUCCUUGUCCAACAUUGGUGUGAUCGGAGGUAGUUACGCAAAAACAGUGAUUCUACCUCCGCAAAUAGCGAUCGGAGCUUUCGGUAAAGUACAAAAGUUACCACGUUUUGAUGAAAAAGAUAACGUGAUAGCAGCUAAUAUAAUCGCUGUUAGUUGGGCUGCGGAUCAUCGAGUGAUCCCUGGUGUUACGAUGGCAAAAUAUUCGAACUUGUAAUAUUAUGUACAACAUCCCAUCGAAUUAGUGUUAAGAUUAUGAAAUAUAUUUCAUUUUGUUACGACAUAAUAAACAAAUUGGCAGAAUA